AUGACGCAUGCGUUGACGCUACUGGUGCUGGUGAACAGCACCUGCCAGCAGCAUUAUGGCCGCUCUUUGGAGCCCUGGGAGCUGACGCUCAUGUGGUCCUAUUUGUCCAUAUACUGCAUCAGAGGAUUGUUUGGCACCCUGAAUUCUGGACAUCUGGCAGCUGUCUAUGGUAGGAAGAGAAUUCUGCUAUUGAACAAUGUGGUGGCAAUCUGUGGAGCUGUCCUGAUGAUGUUGAGGAAGACCGCCCUCUCGUUUGAGAUGAUAAUGGUGGGACUCUUCAUAUAUGGCAUCAACACUAGUGUGAGCUUGACUGUCCACAUCCUUUAUUUAUUGGAAUACCCCAAGAGACUGCGCGCGAUGGUUGGCGUGUCUACAGCCUCUUUCGUCUCAUUGGGGAAGUUUGUUGGACAGCUUUAGGGAUCAGAUAGUGAGCUGUUGGGCAUUGAGGAGCAUUGGAUUUGGCUGCUGGGCUUCAGUGUGGUGGCUGGUCUUAUCUAGUUGCUCACACUGAUCUUUCUCCCUGAGUCCACAUUGUAUCUUCUGCUGGAGAGGGCACAGACAGGGCUGUGAGACUUGUCAGAACCAGAUACUACUUCAAUUACAUUUACACAUAUAUUGACAUUUAUGUUGAAAAGCUGAAGGCUGUAGGGGCGUUGUCACAUAUUUUAUGUGCUAAUAAAUUAGCCAAUCAUAACAGAGGCCAUUUACAUAUUGAAGUCUUAAAGGUACUAUAGCAAAAACAGCCCAUUUAAUUCAAAAAGUCAGACAGGGAGAGAGUUACAAAUGGUCACGUAACACUAAAUUACAUCUGGUUUUGUUGAUACAACCGUAGUUUUCUAACAAUUCUCUGGGACUUUUGGGAACAAAAAUGAAUUCAGAAGUGAAAGGUUCAGAGCUACUUCUGGAACAGAGAGGACAUUUAUAUACACUUGCAAUAGCUUUGUCCAUACUUUACAAAGAUUAACAAUGCUUUCACUACAGUGACAACAUUUACCAUGGUUUUAUUACAGUAACUAUAUUUGAACCAUGAUAUUCAUAGUAAAAAACAAAACAAAACAAAAAACAAAGGAAAACAAAAAUGAUGGUUAUAAAAUCAGAAAUAUGUUUACUUUUUCUCACGAUCAUGUAUCGACACUUGGAUCCAUGUAUCGUGAUGUAUUGUGAUAUUUUCAGUGCAGUCAGAGACGUUUAUAUGAGGCACGGAAGAGAAUGAAACUGAUUCUGCAGCAUUCGCUGUUUCUCUCACAGAUAUGCUGGUCCUCUCUCACACAUUUGGAUCUAGGGCCAGGCAAAAACAUAGAUUUUUCUAUUUAAUCUUCAUUUGUACAAUCCCAAUGUCAAUUCUUAAAAUGCCAAGAUCGCUCUUUCCUUCUAUCUGCAAUCCCCUACAAUCAUAUGUGUGUAAAUACUUCCCAUAUGUUAAAAAAUGUCAGUGAUUAGCCACCAACUGGUAAAUGUUUUAGAUUUCACUCACCAGUGUUUGUGCGGUAUAGUGGCGAAGAAGUUCAGCACUGAGAUCUUUUCACUGCGUGCUGUGAGUUAAAGUUUUGACUCUUUCUGUGUGAUGUGAGCCCAAAGACUAGAUCCAAGCAAACCAUUUGUUGCUUAAUAAUGUCUCUUUUAAUAUCCUUUCUGUUCUCUACAGUCAGUUAUUUAUCAAAAACAACAAAAGAAACAUUUAAUUCUAAUCUCACAUAGCAUGAAUGCUGUAAAAAAGCCAUUCGACCCUGCCACAGGUAAGACCAGUACCCUUUUUAGCAUUUGUUCUACAUAUCCAAGUAAAUAAUUGUUAAUAGUACAAAUUAGGCAUGCAAACAACAAACAUGUAACGAUAUACUAUAUAUACAAUAUAUGCAAUUUCAAUACAUCAUAU